GGAACAGGUAACAAGCGGAGUUGGGAGAACCAGGAUCAGAAGCGGAGACAGCAGCAUGGGGAACGUUGACUCUAACUUUCCGGGGGAGGUCGAGGUCCCUCCCGCGGGGGUCACCAAGCCCCCUACCCCGGGGCCGCGACCCGGGAGCCGGGAGAACCCGGUGCGGUUUCAGGGUCAGGAUUACUGGAAAAUCCGGAACCAGCUACUGCGGGACGAGCGGCUUUUCGAAGAUCCCAAUUUUCCGGCUGGGGAGGAGUCGCUGGGUCCGCUGAUGAAGACAGGGGUCGAGUGGAUUCGAGCCACUGAUCUCUUUAGACACCCUCAGUUUUUUGUGGAGUCAAUCAGUAUCACGGAUAUCUGUCAGGGAGAGCUGGGUGACUGUUGGUUCCUGGCUGCCAUGUCUUCCCUGACCCUGGAUGAAAAUUUCUUCACCUAUGUGGUUCCCAGUGACCAGAGCUUUCAGAAGAUGUACGCUGGGAUCUUCCGCUUUCGGUUCUGGCAAUACGGGAAAUGGGUGGAGGUUGUGGUCGAUGAUCGACUCCCAACAAAGAACCGGAGGCUGAUCUUCACCUCUUCAUCCUCACGGAAUGAGCUCUGGAGCGCUCUGCUGGAAAAGGCUUAUGCCAAGGUUUAUGGUUCCUAUUCCAGCUUAUCCGGUGGGAAUGUGUCUGUAGCGAUGGCAGAUUUCACUGGUGGGAUUGCCGUAUCUUUCAACCUGAGCUCCACCCCCCCGGAUUUCCUGUGGUUGCUGGUUAAGCGAGCACUCACCAAACAGACAUUGGCUUCUUGUGCUAUCGAGGCCACAAGCCAACAGGAUUUGGAGAAGGACAAUGGCCUUGGCUUACUGAAGGCACACGCUUACGCUAUCACGGAGGCUGACACAGUGAGGCAGGGGACCUCCACGAUAAAACUCCUCCGACUGCGCAAUCCAUGGGGCCACAAGGAGUACACUGGGCCGUGGAGUGACAGGUCCCCCUUGUGGAACAGCGUUAGUGACCAGGAGAAGGCCGGGCUCAAGCUGAAGAUUAAGGAUGACGGGGAAUUCUGGAUGCCAGCCAACAUUUUCUGUGAGAACUUCACAGGCAUCGAGCUGUGUAGCCUGCAGCCCCUCUGUCAACACAGCACCACCUGCGUCUGGGCUAUUACCUCCCAUGAGGGCAAAUGGAUGGCGGGGAUCAGCGCCGGCGGAACCCCCAACGAAGACACCUUCUGGACAAACCCUCAGUUCAGGCUGACACUGUUUGAGAAGGAUGAUGAUGCAGGUGAUGAUAAGCUCUCCUGCACAAUCGCUGUGGAUCUCAUGCAGAAAUAUCGCCGGCAGAAAGAUAAGACAGAUUACCACUACAUCGCUUUCUACAUCUACGAGGUGAGUAAAUCCAAAAUCAUCAGUUACACAGAAUGA